GACGAGGCGUUCCGCGACCGCACCUCUCUCGUCUCGGUCGCCUGCCCGUGCAGCCUCGUCUCCAUCGGCCGGGGCGCCUCCUGGGGCUGCUCCUCCCUCGUCGACAUCACCUUCCCCGCCGGCCUUACCUCCAUCGGCGAGUACGCCUUCGCCUGCUGCUCCGCCCUCAGCUCCGUCACCUUCCCCGCCGGCCUCACUUCCAUCGGCGACAGCGCCUUCGCCAAAUGCUCCUCUCUCGGCUCCGUCACCUUCCCCGCCACCCUCACCUCGAUCGGCUGGCGCGCCUUCGCCGACUGCUCAUCCCUCUCCUCCGUCACCUUCCCUGCCGGCCUUACC